AUGGCAACAUCUGACCUUUCCCGCAAGCGUUAUUCGACGGACAUUUCAUCUUCAGAAGUACAUGUCGAUAUCACAGACACUUUCACUUUGAUUGCGUGUCAAUGCAUGCUUUACGGAGUUCAAAUCACCCUCACGCUUUUCGUGGGAUAUACUCUCCUCUUUGCACAAACCCGAUCGAAGGCAAUCAGGUGGCUGCUUCCAUUGACGGUUGUCAUGCUUGCUUCGUCGACAAUAUACGUGAUAUUCACCUUGGAGGUUGCCGUGUAUUUCAGCAAUUAUUCUGGCGAUUCUGUGCCUUACGAAGUUAUCUACGGAAUGCAGGAAGCACUACUCUAUCUACCGAGUGUCAAUUAUCUGUGUAGUGAUAUCAUCUUAUUCUGGAGAGCAUACGUCCUGUGGAACAGUAAUAGGCGGGUCUUUAUUCUCCCCGCUUCUCUGCUCGCCGGAACUCUAGUGGCUUUAUUGGCGAGUAUCGGAAGCAAAGGAGAAACCAGCUCCUAUAAUUCCAGUCCCAGCCUCAGCAGGAAGGAUCUGGCCGUUUGGGCACUUUAUUCAUCAUGGGUUCUCACACUCGCUGCAAAUAUCGUGCUCACCUUGAUCAUCGGUUUCAAAGCUUGGCAGUACUCUCGGUUCUUUACCGUUUCAGGUCUUGGCAGGAGGAGUUCGAAGUUGGUUGGGGUUAAAAUCAUCAUCGCCAUCGUCGAGUCCGGUGCUGUCUACUGUGUUUUCUUGUUGUUCCUCGUUAUCUUGAAUUUCCAACUUCCGCCGUCUGAAUCUCUGAGAUCGUUCAACGUAUGGAAGGCAGGCAGUAUCAUACAAGAUGUGUCUAUUCAAAUAUCCGGGAUUUAUCCGAUCAUCAUUAUUGUCAUGGUCGCACUCAAACGUAGCAUAGCUGACACUGCACCAGCCGACACUUCCCUCCCGUCUUUCGUCGCUGGUAACAGAGAUGGUACCACAAGCACGUCCAUCGCACAGACUCAAUCGGGCGGGCACCGUGACCUCGAACGGCGAUUUGAAUCAAACGAUCAAAGCACUAUACACUUCGUAGGAUUUGGAGCAUUCCGAAAGUCCGGAGAGACGGACAACCAAGGCGAGGCAAAUUCGGCUUUUACAGAGGCAGAGACGACAGCUUGA